AUGGCACUUUCUUGCGGUACAAAACUUAUCAAGUACCUCCUCUUCAUAUUCAAUACAGUGGUCUUCGUAAGUGUUCUUUUCAUUAUAAUUAAUCUUUAAUAAUCUCCUGCCCAAAUUCAAAGCUUUUGAGGCAGAGAACCAAUGACAGUUUCCGUUAACUUUAUCCUGAUUUCCAUAAGCUAAACUUGGAAAUGGUCCCAUAGAUAUCUUCGUUCUGGACGUCAGUUUGGAAAGUGAGCAGAUUUAAUGUACAUUGGCAGUCAGCCUAGGCAAAAGGAAAUUUAAAGUUUGUAUAAUAGCCAUAUAUUGAAGGUAAUAACCAUCACCAUUAGAGUUGAUGAACGCCUACCGCUCUUACAAGUCCUACCAUUCGUAUUCUAUACCAAUACCCUUAUUUUCCUUUUAUUGAUUAUUACAGAUCAACCCUUCUGUUUUAGUCCUGAAAGGCGCCUUUCUAUCGCUUAACAAGGUCAUAAUUUUCCGCAAACGGCAAAUGCGAAUGCUGAGUCAUCACUGACGGAGUAAUUGCUCUAACUUACUAUGUGGACUGAGAGUACUAAAGAAGCCGAUACACAAGACAAUUAUUGUUAAAACUAUGAGUUGUAGGAUGGUGGGGUAUACGUAGCUAAAGCAUGUCCUUGGCGUUUACGAUGUUAAACUGUUUUCCAGUCUUGACGCCUAAUCGGGUGUCAUUUGUUAGCCAAACUGUUGUAAACAAACGCGUUUUCGCGAUCUUGCCCAUACAGCCACACAACCGAUGAUAGACAAGGAUAAAGUGGUGCAGUGUGGAAAAGCGAUCCAAGGGUGUAAUAGCCAUUAACAAGUCAGUAAAACAUUGAUAAAGUAUGGAGGGAUUUGGAGUUUGGCUGUAGCUUUUUGAAAGGACUAACUGGAAGGAAAACAGUCAAGUUGACAAUUUAUGUGUUCUCGAUUGAGUGACCAGACCUAACUGAAAGCAAUUGCUGUACAGAUAUUUUCCUCUACCCUAAGUUUCAUUAUUUAGAGUACUUGUAUGAUGCAAUCUGGCCGCCCGUAUAUUAACCACCGGUAAAAACGAUGCGCUGAUCGUUAGGUACGUAUAGAUAUGUCCAAAAGCGCCAUCUCCUCUCAGGUGAACGUUCUUCCUGUAACGUCUAACGCUGAACGUGAUAUUUGCGAAAGAAAACUACUUACAAGUUUGAAACGCAGGUAGGGAUUGAAAUCGCACUUUUCUGAAAGUCACCCUUCUUCGUAACAUUCAGACCGACCUCCAGUCAAGGCGCAUCCCUCCUUGAGAUUGUAGAAAGCAUAUCAUUGAGAACCCAUUGUGUGCAUUUCUAUAGGUUUGCAUGUUCUAUGGGAAGCCUUAACCAGCAAUAACUAGAGAAAGUAUCUAACUGUGGUUCAGGCCACUUAUACUAGGCUGUGUAGUUGUCGCUAAAAUUAAAAUCGAAAUUUUGAGUCAAAAUUUGAUGUCUCAAAUUGUGCGAGUUUAAUUAGCUGAAUACAUCAUAAUUGCAGAUUCUCGGAGCCAUCAUAAUUGGAUUUGGAAUCUACUUUGUUGUGGAAGCAAACAAAGACUUUAAUGGUCAGGGAAUUGGUGUCCCAGUCUUCGUCCUAGUUCUGGGCCUGGUCGUGUUUCUACUGGGAUUCCUCGGCUGCUUCGGAGCCUGGAAGGAGCAUGCCUGCAUGUUAAAAACUGUAAUGAUUUGUUUCAAUGAUGCUCAUGAAUUCUGUACAGUUUGCAGCAAUUAUCAUCGUUCUGGUGAUACUCCAAAUUAUUGCUUGUAUACUAGUCUUCGUCUACACGGGCAAGGUAAGAACACUUGAAAAGCCGGCGUAUCCUAAAAUAGUUCGUAACUUUGGCGGCCGAUGCCAUUGCUACUCAGAUAAAGGAGCUGGAUCAGCUUCCCGCAGUAGAACGAAACCAAACCCUAGAAGUUAUUGAUCAUAUGCAAAAACAGGUAUGUUUACCCGCGGUAAAAGCAUUUUUAAUAUGUAGCUCGAAUGUUGUGGAGGUCAUGGUCCUGCUGACUGGGGGACCACGUAUCCGCCCUCCUGUUGUGGAGAGGAAAGUAAGACGUGCAAAAAACCAUACCAACAGGUAAGCGAAAUAAUAAAACCCACUUCUUUUGAAACAGGCUUAUGUAUUAAUCGGCUGCCACAUUUUUUAACACAUUACUCCGCGCAUGUACCAUAUGCGGCCGGGCAUGCAGAAUUUAAUGCUACUUUGAAUAUAUGCGGUUCUUUAAGCGAUACACGAAGUCUAGCUGAAAAAAAACUAUCAUAAUAUUUUCCUGCCAGAUAUUUUCUACUUAUUUUGUCCGAGUACACGUGCAGUGGCAGCGCAGACGACUGAGACAUCACUAUUGCUCGCGUAGAUUUGGACUUUUCAUUUGCACACCAUGUCGAAUGCUCUGCUGGUUGUUAUGACCGCCCGUAAAACCCAAGGCCAGAUCGAAAAAAUGGCCGACGCCAUCAUGAAUUUUGCAAAUUUCCGUUUCUCAGUGAACGCAUGAUUUCCUUAUUUUUCCCAUCAGGGUUGCGCGAAAACCAUUUACGAAAUCAUAAAGGUCCAGUCCAUGACGGUCGGAAUCAUCAUCGCUGUCAUGGCGAUUGUCCAACUUGGAGCAAUCAUUGCAGCUUGUUGCCUGGCCAAAAAGAUUGGCGAGUAUGAAAAGGUCUAG